ACACAAUGAAUGCCUGCGCAAGCAUUGUGCGCUACCGAAGCGCGCGAAGUUGACAUUUCAGUCUGACAUAAGGCGCGAUAACGCAUGCGUGUUUGAUAUAAUGCCGAAUAUGUUUAAUAACAUUGCACGUAAAAGGUUUUUGUGAUGACAAAUACUGCAAUAUAUAUGGUACGUGUUGUAUUAGUGAGUGUAUUAUAUUACGGAUUGCUGGAUGUUUUAAAAGGUGUAAAAAAAUAUUUGAAUAACUUGACAGAGAGUUGAUAAUAUUGGAUUUUAAUUUGCUGGCAGCCACCUAAGAUUGGCAGUAUGGCGGAUGAUUGGAAUGUCACUGAGGACUUAGCAUCCAACGUCAUACCAAGCGAAUUAUCAAAAUUCUCACCAGGUCUUCUCACCUUCGCAGCUGUGGUAACAGGCUUUAUAUUGCUGGUGGGUCUCUUUGGAAACUUACUCACCGUGGUCGCUCUCCUUAAAUGUCCUAAAGUGAGGAACGUCGCGGCUGCUUUUAUUAUUAGCCUAUGCAUCGCAGACUUCCUGUUCUGCGCCAUGGUGCUACCCUUUGCUAUUUCCGGAUUCUGGACGCGCACGUGGUCCCACGGAGGCGCUCUCUGCAAACUGGUGCCCUUUCUACGCUACGGGAACGUCGGUGUCUCACUUCUCAGUAUAGCACUCAUUACUCUGAAUAGAUAUAUAAUGAUAGCGCAUCACAGCUGGUAUUCCCGCGUGUAUCGAAAGCACAAUAUCGCCCUCAUGAUAGUCUUUUCCUGGAUGUUCUCCUACGGGAUGCAGAUUCCCACCCUUCUCGGAGUUUGGGGCAAAUUCGACUAUGACGCGGAGCUGGGCACCUGCUCCAUAGUGGCCGACGACAGAGGCAGGUCGUCGAAGACAGCUCUCUUCGUCAUCGCCUUCAUAGUUCCCGCUCUGCUCAUCUUCAUCUGUUACGCGAGGAUAUUUUGGGUAGUCCAUAGCUCCGAACAGCGCAUGCGGGAGCACCAUAGAUCGCAGACCAUCCAAGGCACGCUGAACAACGGCAGCGACAUCAAGCGAUCCACCAUAAAGGACUCGAGAGAGACCAAAGCCAGAAGGAACGAGUGGAGGAUCACGAAAAUGGUCCUCGCCAUUUUCUUGUCUUUCCUCGUGUGCUACCUGCCCAUCACCAUCGCGAAGGUGGCCGACAGCCACGUCCACUACCCCGUGUUCCACGUGGCCGGCUACCUGCUGCUGUACGCCAGCGCCUGCGUGAACCCCAUCAUCUACGUCAUCAUGAAUGCGCAGUACCGGGCGGCGUACGCGGCCGCUCUCUGCUGCCCCCGUGGCCCCGGUCGCCUCGCCAGCGAGAAAUGGAACGAGCGUCACGGCUACAGCUUCAGCAACACGCGCACGGCGCUCAGUCAGGUGUCGCUGGGGGACUCCAGGGCGGAGCCUCGAGGGAGCUCCGCUCGGACGGGCUAGGCGUCCGCCGGUUCGCGUCCCCGGGCGGCCGAGGCGCCCCCACCGAUCUUUCCGCCCUUCCCGAUUUCUCCCCGAGCCUCCGCAAGGACCGGAUCGGACUCUCGUGACGGCUCGUCGGCCGAAGAGACGAAGCCCGAGUCGGUUUCGUGGCUCCGACCUUCGCGGGCGACCUCGCCCUUCUCGGUGAGUGUUCGGGCGCAUUUGCCUUUCCGACGAUAUUAUAUAAUUAUAUACCUGCACAUUCCAAUGUGACAUAUACAGAGAUUUAUUAUUAGCCAAAGAGUAGAUUUAUCAUUGUGAGUGUGUGUGUGCGUAAUGGGUUUAGAUUUGUUAAUAAUUAUUGUGUGAUAAAUAUAAAUAACAUUUUAAAUAUGUUUAAUCCCUCUCCCGGCUGUAUGUUGUUUAUUUUUUCACGUGGAUUAAAGUUGUUUGUCGAACGUGUGUAGAUAGAGUAGAACUAAGCAAUAUUAUAAUAUUUAUAUACAAUAAUUAAUUUAUUGAAUUUUCAGUAAUGUGUGUUUGUAAUUAUUCUGUAGAUGUGUAUACUUUGCCAUAAUAUUACGACGUGACCUAUAGCUUGUGUUGUCGCUUAAGGCAAUUUUAAAAACAUUGUUAAAUUAUUAGAUAAAUUAAAAAUGUUAUUUUGACUCUCUAUGGUUGUUUAUUAAAUGAACUGAGACAAU